AUGGUGCGCAAGGUGGCAUGGGCGGAGGGGGUUUCACAGGCGGUGAAGGAGGUAGCCAAGGAGGCAGGCUAUAUGAAAAACUCGCUUCGUCCUGUGACAAUUAAGCAAACGCUGGAUGCGACCCAAGCGCAUGGAGAUGCAGAUUUUAAAAUUGAUGGCACGGAGGUAUCACAGGUAACCUUCGUCGGCCAGGUCCGCGCUGUCAGCCACCUUACUACAUUUGUCACUUAUAAACUUGACGACGGCACGGGGGAAAUUGAAGUAAAAUUAUGGCUCGAAAAGAACGCAGUCAAUCCCACAGGAGAUGAUAUGGAUACGGGAGAUGCUCCACGCUCCUCGGAAUCAGAAAUUCCAAUCAACGGGUACGCCAAAGUUUGGGGAAAACUUAAUAACUUCAACAAUCGACGGAAUUUCGUCGCGCAUGUCAUCCGCCCUAUAACGAACAUUGAUGAAUACAAUUGCCAUUUUCUCGAAGCCACAGCGAUUCACCUAUACUAUACGCGAGGCCCAGUAGGGGGCCAUCUGGGGAAUGAGAGGCCGCUCCCUGGUGCAACACAUCCCAGCGGUGGUGGUCCUCUCGCCGGAAAGACUUUGCCUCCAAUGUCGCCGCUGGCUCGGAAGAUGUAUGAGACUUUGAGCAACACGCCACAGAGCAACGAAGGACUCCACGUGCAACACCUGGCGUCACUGAUGGGUUUGCCUGUUGGCCGAGAUGACAGCACCUUGGCAAUUCUAGAGUAUUAA